GAGAAGAGGAGAGAUUCCAACGUGCAAGCGAGAUUCAGAUGUAAAUAAACAAAAUAUUUAUUUCAGUUCAGUUCUAGAAAAAAAGUUUUGGUUAUCAUUUUUUACAAUAUCAAACAUUAAAUAAUUAAUAUAUUUCACAAAAAGAAGAGUUUUAAAAAAGUGGAAAAAAAUUAAAUUAUGUAAUAUGCGCAAAAAUUAAAAUAAUAAUAAAACUAUCCGCUUUUUAUAGUUUGGCAUCAACCUCAGACUUCAAAUCGCCAUUUCCGAUUAUUAGUAUUGUGUUGCAGUUUCGUGAUUCGUAGUACACACGUGGAUCCUUAAAAAUGGUGGGACAUAAUCACAAUCAUUUGAACUGGAUGAUAGUUAGAAACUGUUCCAGUUUUUUAGUAAAGAAAAGGAAUAUUAAGAAGCAUUUCAGCUUGGAUCCACUGAACAUGAAAAAGAUACAUUCUCCUAGAUUUUGUGGCACAAUUCAGAAAAAUGCUUUGAUGGUAGAUCCUCAUCCAAGCAACAAGGGGGUGAACUUCGUAUUCAAGAAGAAACAUUAUCAUCAUAAACCUUCAAGAACUUUACAAGUUACUCCACUUACCAAAGAUGCUCGUAGAACCAUGAAUAGCAUAAAGAAGUUUGUAAAUAAGAACCGUUACAGGAAGGACAUUAAAAUGUUGGCUCUUAGACGUGCAAGUGCUAUCAUAAAAAGCCAGAAACCAAUUGUCCCAAAAAAGAAAGUUUUCAAGAAGAAACCUGAAUAACUUGAAAAAUUGUAUUUAAUAAAAUAAUUGAAAAAACUCA